CGCUGGUCCGGGACACUGGUUUGUGAGAAACUAUUGCUAGCACGGAGAAAGCCCGGUCCCCAGGCCAUGGGGGCACAGCUGAGGCUGCCACCCGGAGAGCCCUGCCGCGAAGGUUAUGUGCUGUCUCUGGUCUGCUCAAACUCUUCCCAGGCUCUGUGUGAGAUCACAAACGUGUCACAGCCGCUGGCUUAUCCUGUCCUCUACGCGAACCCGAAUUCCUCCACAAGCAACUUCAGCAUCUCAGCAGGUGUAGAAAACAAGUACAGUCUGUAUGUGGGCUUGGUAUUGGCCAUAAGCUCCAGCUUUUUUAUUGGCUCAAGUUUCAUACUCAAAAAGAAGGGUCUCUUGCAACUGGCCGACAAGGGCAUUACCAGAGCAGGGCAAGGUGGACAUUCUUACCUCAAGGAAUGGCUGUGGUGGGCGGGACUGCUGUCGAUGGGAGCUGGAGAGGCUGCAAACUUCGCCGCUUAUGCCUUUGCACCCGCCACCUUGGUCACCCCUCUGGGGGCUCUGAGCGUUCUCAUAAGUGCAAUAUUAUCUUCCUAUUUUUUAAAUGAGCACUUGAACAUUCAUGGGAAAAUAGGCUGCAUACUAAGCAUAUUGGGGUCAACUGUGAUGGUUAUCCACGCCCCGCAAGAGGGAGAAGUCACGUCUUUGCAUGAAAUGGAAAUGAAACUGAGAGAUCCAGGGUUCAUUUCCUUUGCUGUGAUCGUCUCUGUGAUCUCAUUGGUGCUGAUUUUGGUUGUGGCCCCGAAGAAAGGCCAGACUAAUAUAUUGGUCUAUAUCUCAAUCUGUUCUUUGAUUGGAGCGUUUUCCGUUUCUUCCGUGAAAGGCUUGGGGAUUGCCAUUAAGGAACUGCUGGAAUGGAAGCCUGUUUACAAGGAUCCCCUGGUCUUCAUCCUGUUGGCCGUGCUUACACUUUCAGUGGCGACCCAGAUUAACUAUCUCAACAAGGCCCUGGACACUUUCAACACGUCUCUGGUGACUCCCAUUUACUAUGUGUUCUUCACAUCCAUGGUGGUGACAUGUUCCGCCAUCUUGUUCCAGGAGUGGUAUGGCAUGAGAGCUGGGGAUAUCAUCGGCACCCUGAGCGGGUUCUUCACCAUCAUCAAUGGCAUCUUCCUUCUACAUGCUUUUAAAAACACCAACAUCACCUGGAGCGAGCUCACGUCUACGGCUAAGAAAGAAGUCCUUUCUUCAAAUGGCAGUCAGAACAGUUAUGUUUUACUAGAGAAUGCAGACUGCUCAACCUCUGGGUAUGAUGACGACAUCACCCUGUUUAGCAGGACUGGUGACCAAAGUAUCCAUAAACUUUGAACCUCAACCAAGACACCCGAAGAGAAACAAUACUUAUUCUUGGAAGGUCUAUUGGUAUGUUAGCAUGUGUAACACUGUACAAAUCCUCUGGAUGGGAGGCCAAGCAAAAAGCCUUUGCUCUGCAGAGCCUCCAAAUUGGAAAAUCAAGUUUAAUCUUCUUCUAGAGGAUUCCUGUCUUUUAAGUUUUCAAAACCACCGAAACAGUCCCCAAGCGCCACAGAAGUCAAAGGUGUACGUUGUCUCAGAAAAAGUCUUUGGGGCAAUAGAUUUGGCCCUGCCAGGGGGUGUCUCCUCUUUUCCUCCCUGCCUGCUCUUGGACUCAGGGUGACUCACAGAUCUGCUAACUGUGCUCUGACUGAGCAGAGUCUCGGACGCCAUUGCCCAAUGAGUCAUAAGCUCAAGCUAUUAAAACUAAGAAACGGGAACACUGGUGUAUUGACCUCUGGUCUGCAGUGCCUUCUUUCUAAACUACACAGCAGAUAGGCAAAAUGUUAAGGAACAUACUGGACUAAAAUGUUUCUGGAAUGUAUUUUUCUUUCUUUUUCCCAAACACACAUACACAAUUAUGUCAGAGAAUCUAUUAACACGGACCUGGAUACUGUAGGCAAAACAUAUUUUCUGGAAAUCCCAAGUGAAUUUAGCAUUGCAAUGACUCACAACAGUCAUUUUGUUCCUUUUUCUGUUUUCUUUUUUUCUUUUCUUUCUUGGUUCUUUCAGACAUGUUCUUGCUAUAUGACCCAAGCCGGCCUCCAGUUCAGCACUCCUUUGCGUCUGUCUCCUAAGUGCCUGGGUUAAAGGUUUGUACCACCAUGCCAACUUCUUUCUGAAAAACUACUAUUUCAUAGAUUUCUUCUUGUUGACAUAGAGGUUUUGUGAAAGCAGUCACUAUACAAUGUGAAGUUCAUAGCGUGCUUCAGUUUCCUCAGAGGUCUUAUCCUUAAAAGGUGGGUCAUCCAAAACCGAGGACAGCUAACAGAUUCCUUGCGCAAUCUUAAUGUUCUUUUAAAAUUUACCAUUUUCACCUUAAUAAGGAAAUUAUAAACAGUUUAACUUUCCAGAAUGGGCACGGCCUACUGUUGUGUUCAGUAACUGAUGCCUUUUUUUUUUUUUAUCCAAUUGAAUUCCUCAUGACCACACUUUCCAAUUCAGAUCGUUGGUAAGUGUAUAAAAAAGAGUCCUAAGACAUGCUACAGGAAGUAUCUUUUGCUCAUUAAAAUUUUGCAUUUGAUUUCUCUGACUCAUUCUAGACCCGUGCUCUUGGAAUCUUCAGCGAGAGUAGCGGUUGAGUGCAGUUAACUGCACUGUGUGUUUGGGAAGCUGAUAAUCCGUGGGCAUCCCAUGAAUUGAUACCUCAAGGCAAAUGCAUGUUUACUCUCUGUCACUGACUCCCUUUGGGUAGCUGUGAGCACACGUUUGUAGAAAAUUAUCUUCUGAAAGGGUAGUGUGUUUGAAACCUGUACAAAUUCUUUUGCCGGUUUUCCUUUAUGCUUUGAUAACUCCACUGAGUUUCCCCAGGGUAUUUUCUUGGUGAGGACCUCAGUCCUCUCCCUUGACAUCUUUCCUCAGGUUGCGGCCAUUCUCCAUUCUAGUGAUCUUAACUUUGAGACACUUAGUAAAUGUCAUUUGUUACUUGACACCUUAGCUGUCAAGUUUUCCCCUUGGUACAUUGUUCACAGGUCAAAGAUUCCUGGAACACAAGAACCGAUGUGUCCUGAUUUGGAGAAUGAGCUGGUGUUAAAAUACACCCCCAGGAGAAAGACUGAGAGAUUUCAUCAGUUGUCAUAUGUGGAGAAGCAAUAAACAAUUGGCAAAUAUUUUCAAAUCUCUGGAAAGAUUGCUGUUAGUACACAUUUAAAAAAUUAAGACAUUACUGUAGAUCUAAUACCACAACUGAAUCUUGGGUUGGAAGAUACUAAUGGAGGAAGAGUAAACUACUGUGUCCCUCUAUGACAUUCCGAACUGCUCUCUUACUCAUGCGCAUUUGAAUGUGUAUCCUUGUCAUCACAGAGACAUGAGUUAUUUGGUGGAUAUCAACCUGUGUGUAAAGAAACUGGUUUUGCCUUUUGAAUUGUAACUUCACCAUUAGGUCAAUGGUUAAUGAUUCUAUUUUUCACCCAGAGUAAAAGGUAAUCAUAAAAUUGAAACAUUGAAUUAAAUUAACACAUUUCUUUUUUUUAAAAAAGGAAGAAAAUACUAAUCCACAUACAUCGAAAGCUUCUUAUGUCGUGCCCAGUAAGCCAUAGGCACUUCAUUAGAGAUGAUUCUCAUUGAACUGGAAUUCUAAUCCUCCUUCUUACUAGAGAGAGGAGGACCUCAGAGCACAAGUUUGUGUGAAUUAAUUCUUCAUCGCUCCUACUGAAGAUUAUUCAUUCUCAGACAGUCCAAGUGAAGGUGAAUUCAUCAUUGUCCACUCUACGUCACAAUACAGAACCAUUCCAACGAAAAUAUUCUCCCCAGAGAGGGGGAAUGUAGCUCAGUGCUCCGCUGACAUAGCUGAUGUGGGCACAGACACUGGCUUUGCUCGUCAACAUGAGGGGGCAAAUUAUAAAACCAGUGGAACCAAACUAAGUGUCACCUUCACCUUUGAAAGCUUUGGAUGAACGGCAGGGGGAGGGGGAAUCAUAUGAAUAUGUUGAAUGUUCUCAAAUAUUUUUGAUAAACUGUGUUCAUGAGAGUUAUAUUUUUCAACUGUUUACAAAUACUAUUCAUUUUAGUUUGUACAUUUGUAAUGCCUCGGUAUAUUUCCAAUAAAAUAAUAUUGUUUUAUUGUG